AUGAAAUCUCCAAGCCCAUCGGAAAAGGAAGAAACCUUCGCCGACAUCGAUGAUUCCGAGGUUAAAGUCUACCUCAACAACAAGACUCGAACCCGGCUAAAGACUCUAAUUUGGGAAUCAAUGAACAGUGACUACCUUGAGGAACAAGCCACUAAGAAAGCGGUGGUGCCUUCCCGGAGAUCACGUGCAGAAGAAAAGCUUCACAAGGAUCGGAAGCGGAAGCCGGUGAAGGACCGGCACGCCGCCGGAGAGAAAACCAAGAAGCCGCGCAGUUCUGCAGUCAAUUACGAUGCGCUCAAAUCCUUGAUCCCUGAUUUUGAUCGGGGAGAUGAGGAACAACAGUAUCAGGAUCGGAGCGAAUGGAAUAAUGCUGGUGCUGCCGGUGCUAAUGGUGAUGAUCGUAGUAGUAAGAGUGAUGAGAUGAAUGCUUUCUUCAAUGGUGGUUAUGCUGGAGAUGAGUAUGAACAGGAUUAUCGAUUUGGGGAUGAAGAUGACUAUUUUUAG